AUGGACAGCAGUGGCGAGCAGCUAGUCGGGGGGGAGGACGAGGCGGCGUGUACGUCUGCCUCAGAGGGGCUGGAGGAGGGGGAGGUGGAGGGGGAGACGCUGCUGAUCGUGGAGUCGGAGGACCAGGGCUCCGUGGAUCUGUCACAUGACCAGAGCGGAGACUCGCUGACCAGCGACGUCGGCGAGGAGGCGGAUGGCGGCUGGGCUUGCGACGACAUGUCGUUCUACUGCGACCGCUGCCACAAGUGGAUCCCCACAGCUCAGCUCCGCGGCGAACAGCCGAGUUACCUGAAAGGAGACAACUUCUUCAAAUUCAUCUGCUGCGAGUGCUCCGAGGACGGGAAGGAGAGCUUUGAGAGGAUGAGGCUCACCUGGCAGCAGGUGGUGAUGUUGGCCAUGUACAACCUGUCUCUGGAGGGGACGGGGCGCCAGGGCUACUUCAGGUGGAAGGAGGACAUCUGCGCCUUCAUCGGCCGACACUGGAACUUCCUGCUGGGAACCAGGAAGAAGACAACGACAUGGUGGAGCACGGUCGCCGGCUGCCUGUCGGUCGGUAGUCCCACCUUCUUCCGCUCGGGAGCGCAGGAGUUCGGGGAACCGGGCUGGUGGAAGCUGGUCCAGAACCGACCCCCGACCCUGAGACCAGAGGUAGACAAAUCCACCGCCAAGCCCAAAGCCGUGAAACCGGUGCUGGAACCCAUCAUCACCGUGGAGGGCCUCAGGAAACGCAGCGCCAGAAACCCGGUGGAGAGCGCCAUUCAGCUGAAGGAGAAGCGCUCGCGCACUCAGGAGGCCAAAGACAUCCGGCGGGCUCAGAAGGAGGCGGUGGGGGGCUACACUGACCGCAGCACGUCCUCCACCCCCGUUAAGCUAGGGGGAGGCCGCGGGGGGAGCGGCGGGCGCCGUCCAGAUGUGGUUCUGGAAAAAGGCGAGGUCAUCGACUUCUCCUCCCUAAGCUCCUCAGACCGAACGCCACUCACCAGCCCGUCACCGUCACCUUCGCCUGACUUCUCCGCCCCGGGGACGCCGGCCUCCCACUCAGCCACGCCCAGCCUUCUGUCGGAGGCGGACCUGAUCCCCGACGCCAUGCCGCCGCAGGCGCUCUUCCACGACGACGAAGAGAUGGAGGCAGAGGGGAUGAUCGACCCGGGGAUGGAGUACAUCCCUCCUGCUAGCACCAGCCGCAAGAAGCUCCGCCCAGCGCCACCUCACAUCAAACGGGAGGCAGAGAGCGAGGACGACGAGGGCCACGAGCGCCAGGAUGACUUUGAAGAGCCGGCGGGGCGGAGGGAUGCCCCGCCUCCGUCCUCUGGGGGCAACGAGCGCGGGUGGAUGUCUCAUCCUGAAGGAGCUGACGGCCCCGUAGGCGAUUCCCAGAGUCCCCGCUGCGCCGUGCUCAGCCUGUACGAGGAGAGGAUGCUGCUGCGGCGGCUGGAUGCCUGCCCGCUGGCGCUGGCCGUCACGCCGCAGGCUAAACGCCUCCACAGGAAGCUGCUUGUCCGCCAAGCCAAGCGGCAGCGAGGGCUCCCUCUGCUGGACAUCGACCGAGCCGUCAGUGCCGCCCUCAGCCUGGUGGGGGGGAUCUAUGGAGCCCAGGAGGCGGGGUCGCAGCCGGGGGCUGGAGCUAAAGGGAAAUACUGCACCAGCAGCCAGGAGCUGCGGAUUCUUGAUCGAUUCCAGACUAAUGUCUCUGGGAGGAGAGGCGUCCAGCAGCAGUCCAUGUCCUUCUGGCAUCGUCUGAUGGGAGCAGAAGGCAGUUUGGACCAGAGCAUCAAGAGUCCGUACACGUCCCGCAUCCUGAAACCGUACAUCAGGAGGGAUUACGAGAGCCGUCCUCUCAAGCUGCGGCUGUUGGCUGAGAUCAGAGCGUACCCCCACAGGAAUGAGCUGGACUGGGUCCCAGAACCCAAUGCUCCCAUUGACUACUGCUACGUCCGGCCCAAUCACAUCCCCUCGGUCAACGCCAUGUGUCAGGACAGCUUCUGGCCAGGUGUGGACCUGUCCGAGUGCCUUCAUUACCCGGACUUCAGCGUGGUGGUGCUCUACAAAAAGGUGGUGAUCGGCUUCGGGUUCAUGGUCCCAGACGUCAAGUACAAUGAGGCCUACAUCUCCUUCCUGGUGGUGCACCCUGAGUGGAGGAGGGCCGGCAUCGGGACCUUCAUGAUCUACCAUCUGAUCCAGACGUGCAUGGGGAAAGACGUGACGCUGCACGUGUCGGCCAGCAACCCCGCCAUGCUGCUUUACCAGAAGUUUGGCUUCAAGGCCGAGGAGUACAUCCUGGACUUUUAUGAUAAGUACUACCCACUGGACAGCACCGAGUGUCGCCACGCCUUCUUCCUUCGACUGCGGCGCUGACACCUGAGACCAGGUGGACCCCACCACGGCCACCAGGUCCGGACCACUUGAGAGACUAAAGCGGAUUGUUCAGGACUGAUAUUGCUCAGAAACGCGAGAUCCUCAUCAGUCACGGUGUUCAGACUCUCGUCUCAUCUGUAAAUGUUUGUGAACUUGUGACCUUCAGUAAAAAUCUGCUCCUCUGA